AUGGCAUCCCAGGACGAGGGCUUCCUGGAGGACUUUCGGGAUGCCCUUGAAGGGCUUCAGUUGAACAGCCGGUUUGAAAUUCAGAACCUGACCAUGAUCGCCCGAGAGAGUACCGAAGAAGCGCUUGUCAUCUCGCAAGCACUGCAAGACCAUAUCAAAAGGGCAGCACCACAUAAGAAACUUCCAGCCCUGUAUGUUCUUGACUCUAUCGUCAAGAAUGUGGGCACGCCAUACACCAUCUUUUUCGGCAAGCGGCUUUACAACACCUUCAUGGAAGCAUAUGCCUCAGUAGACAUGGCUACUCGUAGGAAGAUGGACGAGAUGCUGAAGACUUGGAAGGAGCCAAUCCCUGGUUCUAUCGACACGCGGCCGGUCUUCGCGCCGGAUGUCACUCGCCCCAUUGAGAACGCAUUGAUGCAGGCGAGGGCUUCAGGGAACCAGCAGCUUCGCAGGAUGAUGGGCCCUGGGCGGCAGAUGCCACAAGGUGUUCCUUACCGUGACUCACCGACACCACCAGCCGCACGACCACCGUCCCAGUCGAACGGAGGGUACAUAGGCGGCCCGCCGCCCAUCCCAGGUGUUAACAAUGCUCCUUAUGGCCAACAUGGACAGCCUCCCCCAGCCCAAUACCCCUACCACCAGCCUCCGUCUUCUCAGUCCACACCACAGCCACCGGCAAAUAUACCUGCCUUCCAGCCGCCAUAUCAUGGGAGUUAUGGCAUGGCUGCGCAGCCUACCAUCAGUACAGAUGCUUUGAAAGAGGACAUUCAGGGCCUCAUCACGGCAUUUAGAGCUGAAUUUGCACGAAACCCACAAGAUCCUAGUAUACAGUCAAAGCUUAAGGCGCUCUUGGAUUUGCAGGGUAUCCUACAGGCCCAAAAUCUGCCGCAGGACCAGUUAGUGCUCAUAAAGAAUCAAAUUGCUGGCCUCGCCGUGACAAUAAGGGCACCUCCUGCCCAAACUCCUACCCCUGUACCUAUAUCACAGCCCGUAGCAGUAGCUCCCCCUCCUGCAGCCGCGCCCAAGGUAUCUAUAGAUUCUAUAUUGGGAUCUGGCGCCCUAGCUGCGCUGCUCGCGCGAGGCUCUGGCACACCACAGGCGUCUACACCUCAGCCGCCUCCCGCAACUGUGGCCAUCAGGUCGCCGCCUCCGCAGCGCGCUGAGCCACAGCAGAGUGCUGCUCCUGCUGAUCCCAUGGCACUGUUGGGCAUGUUGCGAAAAGCCGGUAUGCUGACGGCCGCGACACCAUCGAGCGGGUCAACACCAGUGCCCAGCCUGACGCCAACGGUGCCUCUGCCAUUUCCACCCCCAGGAAUCCCGACGGGACCUCCGUCAAUGGACAACUUCACUGGCGAUAUCGCUUUCAACGCCUUAUCACUCAAACAGUUCCGGCCACAUUUGGUGCCGUUAAUGUUCGAAGCCCUUGGGCCUCAAUGCACACAUUGCGGACGACGUUUCAAGACUGAUGACGAGGGCAAGAAGAAGAAGAUGGCACACAUGGACUGGCAUUUCAAAGUCAAUCAGCGUAUCGCCGAGGCCGAGAAGAGCGGACAGCACCGCAGUUGGUUCGUUGACGAGACGGACUGGAUUAACACACGGGAGACGAUUGACGAGGAUCGUAUCGCAGCACCAGGUGACGCAAGUGGUACCCAGGGCUCAUCAUCAAAGACGCCGAACCUGCACUACAUUCCCGUGCCUAGUGAUCCCGUGCUCAAGAACAGCGUGUGCCCAAUCUGCCAGGAGAACUUCAAACAGAUCUAUCUUGAUGAUGCAGGAGACUGGGUAUGGGAAGACGCCAUCAACGUGGAUGGCCGGAUAUACCACGCAAGCUGUCACCAGGAGGUGACUGGCAACGUUGCCGGCGUGGGCACAUCCAACCCGUACACCCGAGGUACACCAGAGCCAGUUCUGGGGAAGAGGAAAGCUGAGGAUGAAUUAGCAGGUCUCCGUGGAAAGAUGAAGCUAGAGACAGCAUAG